AUGGAGAAGACUUUGAACAGAAUUCAUCCAGUUUCUGAUCCAGAAGCAACAUAUUUUCUACAAGUAUCAUGGGAGAAAGAUUUAGGCACUGGCUUUGGUAUAAUGCUUAGUGAUGGUCAAUGUGCAUGGACUGGGACAGUGUCUGAAGCUGAAAUUUCUAGGGAGGCAGCUGACAUGGAAAUGAAUAGAGAAAAGUAUGUCGAAGAACUGAAGAAAGCAUUGAUAGCUGGAGAAGAAUCAGCUGGCAAAUAUAACUUUGCUAUUUCAAGAGAUGAAGAAAAUAUGGAGUGUCACUUCUCCUAUGAAAGAAAUCUGAAUGAUGGCUCCUUUAGACUUGGGUCUCUGAAGCUGCAGAAAGUUUCAAGUCCGGCGGAGGUGGUUAAAGAGCUGAUUGGUUACUCUCUGGACUGCCUGGGAAGACUGCAGGCGAAAAAUGAGUAUCUGCAAAAUGAAAACGAAAGGCUCUUCAAUGACUGGAGGGACGCGGAGAAGCGGCUGGAAAAAUGUGUGGAAGCUAAAGAAGAAAUAGAGGCAGAUCUUUAUAACCGAUUUAUUUUGGUGCUGAAUGAAAAGAAGGCAAAGAUAAGAAACUUACAGAAGUUGUUGCAUGAAGCUAAAGAAUCUGCAACAGAUGCCAAAUGUACAAGGGAUAGCAUAGCUACCACUCAGAUGGCUACAGGGAGAGAAAAUGACUAUGAUGGCAGUACUGAUGAGGAAAGUGAAAAUUUAACACAAGCUUCAUUACCAUCAGCACCAGAACAAAGGGAUUCCCUUCUGGGUAGCCCAGAUGUCAUUGAUACUGCUCCAAGAAGAAAGCGAAGACAAAGGACAGCAAAGCCUGAUGGGACAGGAGCUAAGAUGGCUACUUAUGAGACAGAACUGCCAGCCAAAGAAAA